CUCCGAGGAGGCCACAGGCUCUAAACGAAGUCGAGGACGGACUAAAAUAAAUGCUUAUAGUGGACAGCAGCCGAGACACCACAGUCACAGAAUUACUAGCCCCGUAGACUCAGCAUCCUCCACUACACUACACUACCCUUCUCCUCUUCAACAACACUUUUCCCGACAGCGGCGCUUCACAACUCGGCGGGCCGACCCUUUCGUCAUCCACUAGUCCGCAUCAAGCACCCUCGAGUGAAUCCGACACAUGCCCUGCGCCUAGUCGGGUCCAACUACCGAGUCGCGAAAAAUACCCGUCGCGGUUCAGCUUCUUUGUAUCUCUGCGACACCAGCACACGGAGGUGUCGACAGUGUCUCAGUGAGCUGCAGGAAUAGCCGUUGCUUUACCCCAGAUUGCCCUUUCCGAGUGUCUUUUAGCAAUGUCGGCUAGCGACGACAAGAGCGGCGACAUCAUGUUGAUUCCCGGCGCCGAAGACACCAUCGACCCGGCCACCUUUGAGCAGAUUCUCGAGAUGGACGAGGACGAGGUGGAGCGCGAAUUCAGCAGGAGCAUUGUCUACGACUUUUUCGGCCAGGCAGACAGCACAUUUAAGAAGAUGGAAAGCAGUCUUGAGAAAAAGGAAGGCGAGUACCUCAAGGAGCUCAGCGAGCUUGGUCACUUCCUCAAGGGCUCGUCUGCCACCCUCGGCCUCACCAAAGUAAAAGACUCGUGCGAGAAGAUCCAGCACUACGGCUCGCAAAAGGACGAGACAGGCGUAAAGGACAUCACUGAGAAGGAGAGCUGUGACAAGUUAAAGACGACGAUUGCGCAGGCCAAGAAGGAGUUCCUUGAGGUCAAGGAUGUGCUCAAGGAGUACUACAAGGACACCGACUAAGUCUCGAGUCAGGCAGCCAGCCAGUGCAACGCUCGACACCUGCGGCUGGGAGAUGCUGCUGGGCCACGGCAGCACAUUGCGGACUGCACGCCUCGUCGAGAGCAACAUGCGCCUUGCUCGUUUCGAACCCUACUACCACCACCUGUCAGCAUCGUGAACAUCUUCUCAGUUACGACAUCCAGUCACG